UUGUGACUGCAAUACUGUGUGGAUCUGUUUUUACUAGUGGACCUGACUUUACUAGUAUUUAUUAAUUACAUGCUAAUGCUUAUUUAGUUACUAAUUGUAAUUCUUACUAAAAGACAAUUACUUUUUUUUUUUUCUUUUUUGAGAAGCAGGUAGUUAUUAUAUGGACCAUAGAUUGGUUUUAAAGAUAAUUUAUUUAUUGUAUAUGAACUUAAAUGUAGAAUCUUGAUUUAGGUUAUUCUUGCUGGACGGGAAGAGGUUGAAAAAUACUUUAACAAGUUGUAAAAAGAAACUUAAGUAAAACAUUUUUGAUAAAUUAAUGGCUCGGACUUCGCGGUAUUCUCGCAUUGUUAAAAACAGCCAUGUAAAAUGUAAUUCUUAUGUUAAUUAACGUACAGGACAAGUGGGAGAUGAGCUGUAUGAGGCGGUAGAUUGUUAUGAUACAUUUGGGCCGUGAGGACAAAAGACACAGCUGUUUCCGCAAAGCUGUUUACGCAGGUGGUUAAACCGACACGUAAACUCGGGCAAGCGUUAACAGAGUUGUACUGUGGUUCAAAACGAAACUAGUUAAUUUACAUACACAGCAAAUUGCUUAAUCGUAUCUUUCAUCUUGUGUGAACUAUAAAUGAUAUUUCGUGAAACGUUUUAAUGUGAACAUAAAACAAUGUUGUGACACUGCGCAGACUGUACCGAAUGUUUCACAAUACGUCUAGUGUAAUGGCCACCAGAGUUGCAACUAACUUCCUGUCAUACGUGAACAAUUCCAGCUAGAUUUCCAAAGACUCCGCAUCUGCGAAGCGAACAACAAACAGGAAACGCUCAUGCCAUAAAAUUGACAGACAUACAGCUUUGACCACUCCGCGUCCAGGGGGUCGAAUCACACGGCCAAUCACGGCGUAGAAGAAGGGCGGGUCUUCCGUUUACGUGACGAAAAUUUCAGUGGCACUCUCCGAAGCCCCACCUUUUGUGUUUCCCGCACCGUCAAUCAAAAAUAAGAAAAAAAGAAAUCGACCCGAAUCUCCGAUCACAGUCCGCCUUUGAUUAAAACAAUCAUGUUGGGAGUUUAAAUGAACAGAUAAACCUCCGAUUUUUUACCUUUUCACGCUAUGACUGGUACGUAACACUUAGCCCGAUCGAAGCACAGCACCGCCGCCCCAGAACAGCCAGCGAAACAGCAGGAAAUGGCUGCCUUGGACGUGGACAGCAGUCAGAGCGACUUUUUGCAACCGGCCAGCGGCGCCCAGGACCAGCAGACCACAGACCUCACAGCCAUCCAGUUGACGGGCUCCUCUGAUCGCUGGGAGGUCCUAACGCCUGUGAGCUCAGUGAAAGAUGAACCAACAGUAGUGCAGGUACCCAGCGGAGGACUUCUGGGCAGCAACGGGCAAUAUGUGGUGCCACUACAGACUAUGGCAGGGCAGACCCAGCCUGUUUUUGUGACUGCAGGGGUAGAUGGCACAGGGGCCAAUGGGGUGCAGUACCAGGUCAUCCCUCAGCUGCAGGGAAAUGAUGGUGCAGCACUAAGCUAUGCAGCACCCACUGCAGAUGGAAGCACACUGGGUACUGACAUUGCUAUCCUUCAGGAUGGAACGCAGGGCAUUGCCACAUCCACCAAUGCUAAUGACCUCCAGGGCCUGCUGAGUCAAAGUGGGCAUGUGCAGCAGAUUCCCACAGUCUCACUGGCCGGCUCAGGGUUUGGCACACAGGGCCAGGUUGUCGCUAAUGUACCGGUGGGGCUGCCGGGCAAUAUCACAUUUGUGCCGAUAAAUAGCUUGAGUAACGUGGAUCUCGAGUCUCUGGGAUUGGCUGGUGCUCAAACCAUAGCGACAAGCAUUACAGCAGAUGGCCAGCUCAUCAUGACCGGCCCCACCACCUCAAUAAGCGAUAACCAGGGUGAAAGCAAAUGCACAGAGCCACUUAAUGCCAACGACGCUAACGCUAAUGCCUAUGUGCCAACCACCACCUCUUCCACAACGACGUCGCUCCCUGAGACGAUAGACGGGACUGGCGUUCUCACCCAAGCCACUGCUGUAUCAGCCGGGCAGCAGGAUCCGUCUUACAUCCAGCAGAACCACACGUCUGGCGGUGAACCGGUGGUGCAGCUCUUACCAGCGCAGACAGCAGAUGGAGCGGCGCAGACACUACAAAGCGUGCAGCUGUUGAAUGCUGGUACAUUUCUGAUCCAAGCUCAAACCGUCUCUCCCACUGGCCAGAUCCAGUGGCAGACCUUCCAAGUUCAAGGGGUUCAGAACCUGCAGAAUCUGCAGCUGCCGGCUGCUGGGGGGGUCUCAUCCCCCCAAAUUACCCUUGCCCCUGUGCAGACCCUUUCUCUUGGGCAAACUGGUACCACAGGUGCAUUGGGACAGAUCCCAAACCUUCAGACAGUCACAGUCAAUUCUGUUGGUCAGUACCAGCAAGAUGAAAACACGGAAUGCCACACAGAUAUCCAAAUUAAAGAGGAGCCAGAGUCAGAUGAUUGGCCAAAUUCCACCCUGAACACCAAUGAUUUGUCACAUUUCCGUGUUCGGUUGGUUGAAGAGGAUAAGGAGGGGACAGGCCUAGAGGGAAAGAGACUACGUAGAGUAGCUUGCACUUGCCCCAAUUGCAAAGAGGCUGGAGGAAGAGGUUCAAGUAUGGGUAAGAAGAAACAACACAUUUGUCAUAUCCCAGGGUGUGGUAAGGUGUACGGUAAGACGUCUCACCUUCGAGCUCACCUGCGCUGGCAUUCUGGAGAGAGACCCUUCAUUUGCUCAUGGAGUUACUGUGGCAAAAGAUUCACCCGCAGCGACGAACUCCAGCGUCACCGCAGAACACACACCGGAGAGAAGAAGUUUGUGUGUCCGGAGUGCUCAAAACGUUUUAUGCGCAGUGACCAUUUGGCCAAACACAUUAAAACUCACCAGAACAAAAAAGGGCUAAUCUCCAACACUGGGGCAGGUCAGAUAGAUGCUGGCGCCCCCUCGGACACCAUCCUCACUGGGGGUGGAGCCACUCUCAUCCUCACCAAUCUGCAACAGGCUGGCACCCAGGACCUUCUUUCAAACUCCGACCUUCCGCUCCAGCUGGUCACGGUGUCUGCCAGCGAGGUCAUGGAGUGACCAAAAUCUCUCCCACUUUCACAGCACGUCUGCUUUUCACUAUCAAUUUAUAUAUAUGAUAAAAAAUAUAUAUAUAUAUAUAUUAUAAAUAUAUAUAUUUUAAAAUGACUUAUCCAUUUAUGUUCCAAUAGCAGUCUUUUGUACAAACAAGGCAAAAAAUGACAUUAAAUGUGGUUCCAGUUUCCACUGACACAUAUUCGCACCUAACCUACAUGCUCAAAUGAACUCGUGCUCAUACAGAAAUACAUACACAGAAAUGCCUUAUUUUGUAUCAUAAUCUGUAGUAUAAAAUGCUGGAGUUGCAUGUGUUUUUACUUUUGCUCAUGAGUAUGUUAGUGGACGAUCAUUUGAGAGAGUGUGAUUGUGUAAUGGAUGUUAUGGUACAUGGAAACCAGGAUGUGUGUAUUUGUGUGACUAAAGUGAGACUGUUCUGUGAGAAUGACAGCAGGGGAAGGACACAGUCUGCUGUGAGGGAGACCUACUCAUGAUCUGUCCAUUUUUAUCCUCCUCCCUCUCGGCUGGCCUUCGUCCAAAUGUGUCUUCACUCAUGCUUUGAAUUUUAUUUGAUGUCAUGUUAGUGGUCUUUGCGCUCUCGGUCAUGUGUCCUCUGGAUCUUGUUUGGGGAUGUUCUGAUUUCAUUGUUCUGGUGCCCACAUACAACUCGAACAAGACAUCAGGUGGCACAGUAAACAAUCGUGUAAUAAACUUUAUUUUUCUUGUAUCAUUGCUCUUAUUGCUCUCCAGAUUAUCCCUGUAACAUUGAUAAUGUAUCUUUAAUUUCUUUUUGUUUUCUUCAGCCCCAAGCUGUUUAUAGCCACACUUUAUGUAGUCUAAUACUGAUUCUUUUGUAUCAAAGACUCCUCAUUUUGAUUACUUUUUAAACGUGUAAAAUUUGAUGUUACUUUUGUACAAUUUUUUUUUCUUUUUCAAAUGCAACACAAUUAAAGUCGGAAACCUUCCUAUGA